AUGAGUUCGGCCUGCAAAUGUCUUACAGACCAUGGGCAUUAUAACUGCCCAUCGCAACAGGCUACCCUCUGGUCUGGUGUCCCUGCUGCGCAAACACCAGAACCCGGGAAUUCUCUUUCAUCGCAUUCGAGAAGAGGACAGCAUUCGGGUGAUCAGUUGGGUCACGGACGAAAAGGUUCAGCUUCUGGCCUGCCGCGAGAUAUGGUUUAUCAGAUGCAGUCACAGAUUUUCUUUUGCACUUCUCAUAAUUUGUUGUGGGGGAGGGGUGGUGGAAGAAGAGGAAAAAUUCUCCUUCCCAGCUAUCAUCCCUCUCUCUCCAUCUCUUUCUUUCCCCUCCUCUCUCUCUCUCUCUCAUUAUCAAAGGUUGAACAAAAAAAAUCUAAAAAUAUUUUUUCCCCAUUUUCUCUGUUUCCUCUUCAAAGUUGUGUUAUGAAAAAAUAUUCCUACACUUCUUCGCAGUCUCUUCAUAUUAAUGGCAGAUGA